AUUUGAAAUAAAAUAUGAAAACCACAACAGUAGUAGAGUCAUAAGUAAUUAAAACUAAUGUGGAAGUUGAAUAAGCUCCUCUAAGAUAUAAUAGAAAAAGAAAUUACAUGUCGACUUCAUUUGUAUCAGCAUAAUUUUCAAAUAAUUAAUAUGGUUGCUAUUAAUUAAUGAUUGAUAAUCAUGAAUGUCGACCAAAAUGCCAACCUCCUCCUUAAUAACCUUAUAUGAUGCCUAUGUAUGUUCCAGUUCCUUAUCCAUAAUAACAAGAGAAGGAAUGUGAAUGUGAAGAUGGUGAAUCCUACAAGGAAGAAUUAUUGUUUUUAAGAUAGAGGGUUGCAGAAUUAUUAGCUAGAGAGCCUGAAGUUAAGACAGUUAAAGAAAGAGUUGAAGUAAUAGAUAAUACUAGAGUAAAUAUAAAUUUAAGAUAAAUUAUAGGUGGAAGAACUUGAACUUGAAUCACAGAGAUUAAAGUUAUAAUUACAAUAAGCCUAAAAUUAAUUACGAUAGAAAGAUUAGGAAACAUUUGAAUUAAGAAGUGGAAAUGAUCAAUCAUAAUAAGGAUUAUAAUCUAGAAUUAAAAUAAUCGAAGUAAUAAAAAAAUCAAUUUAUUUAGGAAUAAUUAUAUAAUGUUAGAAGUGAAAUUGAAAGAAUAACAGGAUUAUUAAAUAAAAAAGAAUAAGAUAUUUAAGAAUGGGAAAGAAGAUGCUAAGAAGUUGAAAGUUCUGUAACUUAUGAGAUAGAAGAAAAAACAACGAAAUUAAGAUCUGUAUAUAUUAAAAAUAUUAUUUUUUAAGGAUGUUGAAGUUUGGAAAAACAGAUUUAAGAAAUUAAAUACAGAGUAUUAUACUUGUUAAGAAUCAUUAAUAAUGGUUUAAGCUGAAAUUGACUCAAUAAAGAAUGGAGGAGUAAAAGAAGUUAAGGAAGUAAAAGUUGAAAAGAAAGUUGUUGGACCAACAAUAACAACAGUUUAAUCAAGUUAAUCAAGAACAAGAGGAUCAAGAGUAAUUGAAAGUUCAGAAGUUAUUAAAGAAGGAACAUCAUCUAGAUUAUAUCCAUGAGAA